CCUUCUUCAUGGUUUGGGCCGAGCAGUCAUAGGAUGGACCGUCGACUCUUCUGCAGGCACUGAAGUGACUUCGUAAACGCCGGCCGUGCGCCGAGGUCCUCACACAGGCAACACUUCUGCUCGGGUAAGGGCCCCCUGUCAGCAGAGCACCACCCAAGUGCAGCCGUCCAGCGUAGAUCUGUGGGGAGGGAAGAGUCUGGCCACUGGCACUACUAUCUUCUAUUACUAGAAAAAGGUUGAGAGAGACAUGGAGCUUGAAAGAAUCAUUCGAGACACACUGACAUGCUUCAUCCAGUCCCACAUCCCUGCUGCAGACCUCAGUGGGAUGGAUGAUGUUUUCUUCUCUUAUAUCACGGGUGUCCUGGAAGAGCUGGGCUCACCAGAGUCCUCUGAGGAGACCUUUGACAUGGACACCUUUGUGGAAAUGAUGGAGGCAUAUAUUCCUGGUUUUGCAGAAAUCCACAGUGGGGAUGUUUGUGAAAUGAUGUUCUCCCUCUCAGAAAAGCUUGGUGAAGCUCGCAACAAAGAAAAACCUGGCCAAAAGGCUGUGGAAAGCAGGAGUGAAGCACCCUCUGGAGACCUGACCAAGGGCCAGGAGCCUGGAGCCGGAGCUUGCAACGGGGAAAGGCUGUGCACUCCAACAGACGGAGCCGGGGCCCAGGAAGGUGAUGACUUGAAGGAUGGGGUGGAGCUGCUACUGGAGAUGUUCCCAGCCUGUACCGUGAGCCAGGCGGAGAAGGCACUCACCAUGGCCUUGGGGAACUUGGAGGAGGCAGUGCAGUUAAUUGUGGAGGAGAAGGUGGAAAUUGGCCCAGCAGGUGCGAGUGUGAAGGAACUAGCACGGCCACGCAGAGCGCCCAACCACGAGGAACUAAAACAGGUUAUCCUACAGAAAUACAUGAUGGUGGAUAGUGCAGACGAUCAGAAAACACAUCGGCCAGCUCCACCCAAAGAGGCUCCCAAGAAGCUGAUCCGCUAUAUUGAUAACCAGGUGGUGAGUACAAAGGGAGAGAGGUACAAAGACAUCAAGAAGCCUGAGAGCGAGGAGAUGAAGAGAACCUACAUCAGCCUCAAACCAGCCAGGAAGUACAAGUUCCACUGACGGCCAGGUCCUCCUGCUCUUCAGCCUCCACCUUGCUGGCCAGGCACAGCAGGAUGGACAUGGGGCACUAGGGAUGAGGGGACUCUUCCACCUGUCACUAACUGGAACUAACCUGGGAGACAGGACACCGCUUUCAGCUUCCUCAACUAACCCGGUUGACAAGGAGGAGCCUUCCCUCCUUGUGUAGCUGUCCCUCUGCCCCCAGGGGCACACUGCCCAGGCCCUGGAGAGCCACUGUGUUCUCAGCUACUCCUUGCAUGGGACAUUUUUAGAUCUAAGAUGUGGCUUGUGCUUUUGCAGCAAGCUUUUUACAAGUCUGUGUGCACUGUUGCUUUAAAUUGAGUGCCAGUGUUAAUAAAGGUGAUGUGAGUUGGUGUGUAGUUCA